AUUUAUUCUGUGUACUCUGUUUGGCUUAAGUUUAAUCCAAUGUCCAAACGCGGGCCCCUAUAUUUCCCAAGCUCUCUUCUUCUCUUUCGUUUUACUACUAUUUGUAUUCUCUCGAUAAUAAUAAUAAUUUUCUGUCCUUCAACACGCUCCCUUUAAAUUUAAAAAUUGAAACCCUGCAUUAGUCUUCAGCUAUUCUUUCUUCAUUUUGAAUUUUGAAAAGACUAUGAUUAACGGGAAAUCUUGUUUUCCUUAGGGGUUUAACAUAUUUUGUGAUGGGGUUUUUGAGAUUCUAGAUCCGUGUCAGCUUAAUACCUAGGAUUAACAGCUUUUAACAGCAAUGGCAACUGGAAGUCCUUAUUUUGAGGACUUGCGAUGUCAACCUGAGGUCAUUAAUCCUCCUCAGAUUGAAGACUGCACGGACAUUGGUGAACAUAUGAACGAGCUUUCUCAGCAUACAGCAAAACCUAAUGUGACAGUUUCCAGUAGUGUCCGUGAGUUAUUGGAAUGCCCAGUAUGCUUAAAUGCUAUGUAUCCGCCCAUUCAUCAGUGUUCCAAUGGUCACACACUGUGUUCUGGUUGCAAACCUAGGGUACAUAAUCGCUGUCCAACAUGUCGGCAUGAGCUCGGUAAUAUUCGCUGCCUUGCAUUGGAGAAGGUUGCUGCAUCUCUUGAGCUCCCAUGUAAAUAUCAGAGCUUUGGAUGCAUAGGCAUUAUUCCUUAUUACAGCAAGCUAAAGCACGAGUCCCAAUGCUCUUUCAGACCCUAUAAUUGCCCCUAUGCGGGGUCAGAGUGCACUGUCAUUGGCGACAUCCCAUAUUUAGUUGCCCAUUUAAAAGAUGAUCACAAAGUUGAUAUGCAUGUGGGCAGUACCUUCAACCAUCGUUAUGUAAAAUCAAAUCCCCAUGAAGUGGAGAAUGCUACAUGGAUGCUCACAGUCUUCAGUUGCUUUGGUCAGUACUUCUGUUUACACUUUGAAGCAUUUCAACUUGGAGUGGCACCAGUUUAUGUUGCAUUUUUACGGUUCAUGGGUGAUGAUGAAUCGGCAAAGAACUUUAGCUACAGUCUUGAAGUUGGAGGCAAUGGAAGGAAGAUGAUUUGGCAAGGGGUACCAAGAAGCAUUAGGGACAGUCACCGUAAGGUUCGAGACAGUUUUGAUGGCCUCAUCAUUCAACGUAAUAUGGCACUCUUCUUUUCUGGUGGAGACCGGAAAGAGUUGAAGCUUAGAGUUACUGGUAGGAUAUGGAAAGAACAAUGAUGUUCAUUGUUGCAGGACACUUUUAGUACUCUUUCAAUCUAAGGAUUAGGUUUUAUUCAUCUAGAAAUCAGUUGAAGUCUUCUGAUCAAUGUAUUUUCUUGAACAAGGAGCAACCCCUCUUUGCCUGUCCAGAUUAAAAUACAUUAGUGAGAAGGCAUAGUCAUUUCGUGGAA